AAUUGUGGCAAAAAGGAAAAUCAGAAGCAACAAAUAAAAUUUGUUAAAUCAAAAACUUACUGCUUCAAAUCGAUAUUGAAGAAAAUGGCACCAAAAGAAAGAAAUAUUGCGAUGAUGGGCUACCGCUCAGUCGGUAAAUCAUCGCUAAGUAUUCAAUUCGUUGAAGGACAAUUCGUGGACUCAUAUGACCCGACUAUUGAAAAUACAUUUACCAAGGCCACACGCGUUAAUUUACAGGAUUAUGUAGUAAAACUGGUCGAUACAGCUGGCCAAGAUGAAUAUAGUAUAUUCCCUGUACAAUAUAGCAUGGACUUUCAUGGUUACGUCUUAGUUUAUUCUAUUACAAGUCAAAAAUCUUUUGAAGUGAUUAAAAUUAUUUACGAAAAACUUUUGGAUGUUAUGGGCAAGAAAUACGUACCUGUAGUGUUGGUAGGCAAUAAAACUGAUUUACAUCAGGAGCGCACAGUUUCACAUGAGGAGGGUAAAAAACUGGCUGAAUCCUGGCGAGCAGCAUUUCUCGAAACAUCUGCCAAACAAAAUGAGUCUGUGGGCGACAUAUUUCAACAAUUGCUAAUGCUAAUUGAAAACGAAAAUGGCAAUCCCCAGGAGAAGAGCAGCUGCAUUAUAUCAUAAAAAAAUAUAAAAAUGAAAGUUGGAAACACUAAACCCCAUUACUUUAAGUCAAACAAAAAAACCAAAAGCAACCCACACAAAUUAGUCGGUCUUAAGCAGUGAUUGCCCAGCAAUCACGCAGUUUCUUAUGUUCUUUUUCAAUGUGAGGUUUAGCAUAAAAAAAAAUAAUAAAAGAAAUGAAAAAACACAAACAGGUUUAUAUAAGUUAGUGCAUAUUUUUUCAACACAAAACAAAUCAGUUACAAAUCUUAAAAUGUUGCGAAAGAAGAAAGAGUACACUUUGCUUUAGUUUCAAUUUUAUAU